CAUAACAAGAAGAAGAAACUUCCAGAAACUGAAGAGACACACAACAAUAAAACACAAGGUGAUCGCUGUUGUUUACUGACCCUCUGCCUGAAAUUAUGACUGACAUCGAUGAAGCGAUGGCCACGCUGUCAGGCAGCUCAUCCAUUGGGGAUGCAGCGUCUGGAAGACAGGGAAGUGGGCUUGAGGAGGAGGAAGAUGAGGAUGAGGACCUCUACUACAUUCCUGAAAGAAGACCUUCACUUGACCUGGGGCCGACUCCAAUGGAUACAACCCACUGGCAUUAUGUGGACCAGGCCUUGUCUCCAGCUGAGAGCUACAACACAAUGACAAGUGAGGACUCAGACAAAAUGGAAGAAGAGGACAACUUUUUCACAAGUGUCCGGCGGGACAGAGCAGAUUCAUACUCCAGCUGUUACUCCAUUGACAGCGAUGAUUGUGAAAAGAAGACUCGCAAGGUCAAGACCAAAGAAGAUGUCUCUGAAUCUUCUGACACACACACGAUAAAUGAAAACAUAAAUCAAAAUAGGCAUCCGUCUCUAACAGUUGCAUUCACUUUCAAGGCUAUCUCAAAAACCCUUGGACAGCUGUCAGAGUUCGAACUUAUGGCAUUCAAAAGGAUGCUGUGGAAGUAUUACCCACAGUCGUUCAGCACUCCUCCUCAAGGCAUGGACAUAGUGGACCUCGUGGACCGCUUACUCGAGUGUUACACCCUCGAAGUAUCUUUACAUAUCACCAAAACCCAUCUGGCCGAAAUGGGGAAAAACAAGCUGGUUGACCGUCUCGACACUUUGUGCCUCCGAAAUGAAGUACGUUACGAUUUAGCUGAGUCUCUGAGGAAGAUAUACGGUGAAGUGUGUGAGGAUUCUGGCGGUGAGAAGAGGCCCUUUGAUGAUGUCUACACUACUCUCAACAUUACUUCCACGUGUGACAAUGGCCCGAACAUCGAACACGAGGUCUUGAAAAUAGAAAAGCUGAACAGCAACCAGGACCAUCCCAAGCAGCUUUCUACUUCAGAUUUCUUAACGCCUUCAUCUGUGGAGUCGAGCUCGAGGUUUAUAUUGCUUACUGGCCUGGCGGGAUCUGGGAAAUCUAUGGCAGUGAGAAAGUUAGUCCUGGAUUGGAUUGAAGAGCGAGCGCACCAGCACGUGAAUUUCAUGUUUCCUUUGCCGUUCAGAGAACUCAAACAGUUUGAGGGCUCAAGACUUUCCUUAGCAGACAUAAUAAAAAAACUCUACCCAGCAACAGAAAAAUUGAGACAUGAGGAUUACAAGUGCGAUGAAUGCCAAAUGAUGUUUGUCUUUGAUGGUCUAGAUGAGUACAACUGGAAGAUUGACUUUGAAAACACAGAGCUUCUUAGUGACCCCACAGAUCCCAGCACUCUGAAGGUCAUCGUGGUCAACGUCAUGAGAGCGAGGCUGCUUUACCGUGGCCUGUUCCUGGUCACUACUCGGCCAUAUGUACGCGCCUGUGUCCCAUGGGAUGCACGUUACGAUGAGAUAGAAGUGCUUGGUUUCUGUGACCCUCAAAGGGAGGAGUACUUUAAGAAGAGGUUUAAGGAUCCAAAUCAAGCAUCUCGAGUUGUUGAAUAUGUGAAUUCUCUCAAAACCCUCCGCAUCAUGUGCCACCUGCCCUUGUUCUGCUCAAUAGUGGCUGAUGAGUGCCAGCGCAUAUUUAAAGAAAAUGGGACACAGGCAGAGCUGCCAAAGAGCAUCACCUACAUGUACACAAAGCUGUUGCUUGCACUCCUACGUCAGCAUCGCAGAUUAAGAGCUCCAGAUAUCAGCCCGGAUAAAGAGAGAGACUUUGUUAUGAAACUGGGAAAGCUGGCCUUCACAAUGCUGGAACAAGACCGGUUCCAGAUCUCCCAGAUGGACUGGAAAGAAAAUGAUAUCAGUGAUCAGGAGGCAGUGCCUUACACAGGCUUGUGCACACAGUAUGUCAUAAAGCCAUAUGUCCUGUUCCACGAGAAUGUCUUGAGCUUUAUCCACCCCACCAUGCAGGAGUACCUGGCUGCUCUUUAUGCAGUUCUUACCUUCACGAACCACGGGAAGAAUGUUUUUGAGGAGAAACUGAAAAACAAGGUCAAGGGGAUCUUCAAGGGGCACACAGGCUCAGAGCUGUACAAGGAGGCUGUGGACAGGAGCCUGCAGUGUGAGAAUGGCAGAUUGGACAUUUUCCUGCGUUUCCUGUUUGGAAUGGCACAUAAAACCAACCAGGAACUUCUCCAGCCCUUCUUCACCUCUUCCUUAAAGUGGCCAGCUUCCACUGAAGAUGCUGCUGCUCUGAUCAGGAAGAGAAUGAGAGACAGUCAGAAUCCCGACAGGAAUAUAAACUUGCAGCGCUGCUUGGCUGAGCUGGGGUUACGAUCAUCAGGCUCACUGUCCAGUUUAUCUGACUGUUAAACACUGAUGACUGUGUAAAAUUAUUCAAGUCAAGGUCUUCACUGAAUUCAAAUAGCACAAACUUUACAUUGUCACAACAUAUGAUCACUGUUGAACCAGUGCAAACACUAUUGAGAGUUUAAGGGCUUUAGUGCUUAUUUUUAGAGCUUUAAAGUAGCCCGAUGUAACAAAGGUGUGAAAACAGAAGACUUUAAAGAAGCAGGGUGGUGUGAUGUCAUGUUGGAUUUAGAAAAGGUCUGAAAUUAAGGUUUCUUCCAUAGGGAGCGUGUUUUCGCUUGUUUUUACACAAUGCAUAUACAAUCAAAGGUUUUUGAUAUGCAUAUUUGUUUGUUAAUUGUGGGUGUGUGUUGCUGCUGCUGUUGUGCCUGACGUGGCUUUGUCUAAAAAAGUAAUUGAACUUUUUAAGUGUGCUUAAAUAAAAACAUAACAUUAUUGUCAGCCUAAAUUGUGACAAAGUUGACAAAAGUCUCAAAUCUGACUAAUGCUUUUACAUGUUCAUUCCAGCUGCAUGAAUUAUUUAGUUAUUCAUGCAGUAAUUACACUUAAGGAGUUAUUUUAUAGUUUAGUCUACAUAACUAG